CGGUGGGCGCUUUACUCUUCUGCUGCGAAAGACUCGCCGAGCUCAUUGAGCAACGGAAAAAAAGACAGUUCCCAUAGGCAAGAUUCGCAGCUGAGUCUUAUCACGUCCUCAGCUGUUCGUAGGAGACCGAAAGUACUGUGUUCGGAUAACCAUCUUUUGAUCAAGAAGAGUGUUAAUGGUUUGGACUGAAGAAUUCACAAUGUCUCGUACCGACGAGGUCCACCGCAUUACGGAAAAUGUAUACAAGACCAUCAUGGAGCAGUUCAACCCCUGUCUGCGGAACUUCGUUGCCAUGGGGAAGAACUACGAGAAGGCCCUCUCUACUGUGACGUUCGCCGCCAAGGGUUACUUCGACGCUCUGGUGAGGAUGGGGGAGCUGGCUAGCGAGAGCCAGGGAUCGAAGGACCUAGGGGACGUGCUCUUUCAGAUGGCUGAAGUCCACAGGCAGAUUCAGGUGCAGCUUGAGGAAAUGCUGAAGUCCUUCCACAAUGACCUGCUUUCCGAGCUGGAGAAGAAAGUGGAGCUGGAUGCCAGAUACCUGACCGCGGCUCUGAAGAAGUACCAGAUUGAGCACAAGAGCAAAGGCGAGAGUCUGGAGAAGUGUCAGGGUGAGCUGAAGAAGCUCCGACGUAAGAGCCAGGCCAGCAAGAACCCCUCCAAGUACAACGACAAAGAAAUGCAGUAUGUGGAGACCAUCGGCAACAAACAGGGCGAGCUGGACACCUUCAUCGUGGAGGGCUACAAGACGGCCCUGUCAGAGGAACGCCGCAGAUACUGUUUCCUGGUGGACCGUCAGUGUGCCGUGGCCAAGAACAGCAGUGCAUACCAUGGCAAGGGGAAGGACCUGCUGACACAGAAGAUCCCCGUGUGGCAGCAGGCUUGCUCGGACCCCAACAAGCUCCCGGAGAGGGCCCUGCUUCUGGUGCAGCAGAUGAACUCUGGUUCCAACCCCCUCGUCUCCAGCCCCCUGCACUCCUCCAAGGGCAACCUGGUCAUCUCCGACCCCAUCCCCGGCGCCCAGCCACUCCCUGUGCCCCCUGAGCUGGCCGCUUUCAUGGGCGGCGGUCUGGGUCACCAGGCGAGGCUGAUGGGUCCUGACGGCAUGUCCCUGGUCAACGGGACGACGGGCUUGCAGGGUGAGGAUUACUGGGGCGAGGGGGCGGUGUCUCAGGGAAGACCCGCCUCCCCUCAGCCCCAGUCUCAGCCGCAGCCGCAGAGGCAGGUCAGCGAGGUCUACUCCAACACCCUGCCCGUCCGCCGACCCCAGCCUGCCAAGAACAAGACCUCCGUGGGCGAGACGCGGACCCUGCCCAGGUCCAGCUCCAUGGCGGCGGGUCUGGAAAAGAACGGGCGGUCACGCGUGCAGGCCAUCUUCUCGCACGCUGCCGGUGACAAUAGCACGCUGCUUAGCUUCACCGAGGGCGACAUCAUCACGCUGCUGGUGCCCGAGGCCCGCGACGGAUGGCACUACGGCGAGAACGAGAAGAACAAGAUGCGGGGGUGGUUCCCCUUCUCCUACACGCGGGUGUUACCUGAUAGCGACAGUGACAAGCUGAGAGUGAACCUGCACCACGGAAAGAGCAGCAGCACUGGGAACCUGCUGGAGAGGGACGACGCCUCUUUGCCCGUGCCCGACUACGGCCUGACCGCCCGCCUGCUGGCGCAGAGCCUCACGCAGAACCGCCCGCGUCCGUACAGCAUGGCCGGCUUCACGCAGCCAGCGAUUGAGGAUUAUGAUAGUCGUUUUGCCACAAGUGACCGCUCCCUGGAGGUCUACCUCAGAUCACACAUGAUGGACGACCGCACUGCUCCGCUCUUCUACUAGAGAGGCCCGCACAUGGCCGGCUCUCUGCUGCCCUCUCCUGCUCAGUGCUCGUUGGUGCACAAGCGCAGGGGGCUAGAAUACAUAAUGCUUAAAGACUCGCGAGCCAGCAGGGAUGAAAGGUCCUGCGCUCUAAGGAUUAAACCCUUGUCCCGUAAAGCUUUUAUAACUGUUGUAGUGUAAUGAGAAAUCUUGAUGUGCGGCGUGACGUCCGCAAACGCCGACGUCACGCAAGGCCCCUUUGAUAGGAGGCGGCUUUGUUUAUGGGAGACAUUUUUACAGUUCAGUUAGUUUUGUUUUGGUUCAGGCUUUUGAUAAACAAAACAAAUAUAUAUGUAUAAGAAGAAAAGAGAAAAAGCUAGUGACAUCCAAGAAUGAAUGUAUCCUCAUCAAAACUUUAAAUCCUUUACAUUUUUGUUGCAUCUUCUCCCAUUUCUUACUUGUUUUUCUUUGGGUUUUGUCAGUGGGUAGCGAGUAGAUCUUUGCUUCGUGUUGGAUGUAAGAGGUAACACGUGGGGAGGGAUUCUCCUUCCGCCCUCCCUCCCGGGCACUCAGUCUCUGCGCCGCCAGCCCAUCCUGUAGGAAGCCGCUGUAAAUACAGACUCCACCCGAACGAGCCCCCAUCUCCAGGCUGUGACCUUUUUUGCCCAUCCCGCGUUUUGGCUAAUGCUUAACCUAAAAGGCCCAGCGGUUCCUUUUUUUUCUGUUCCCUGGUCCAGGGAGACUUGUACAGUACUUCCUCCACGUUCAGUGAGCACCAACAGGGGUCUGUGCCUUCUACUGAUUUUAGGCUGUAGUGUUCCAGUAUUGAGGAAAAUCUGUUGUCAUGAAAAAGGCAAAAAUAGUCAAAACUCUUUUGUAUUAUUGUUGCUUUUGUUUGAUUUGAUUACUAUAGCUAUCACAUGAUUUUCAGCAAAGUGUUUGUUUGUUUUUUGUUGGUUCAUGCUGUUGGUGUUUGGCUGCUUAUGAAACAAUCUCAAUUUGAAAUGUUUUGUGUUGUUUUUUUCCUGUUUAAUACUGCUUCAUAAUGUUUGGGAAUAGAUUUAUGGGGCUAUAAUACACAUGCACAAUUAAACAAUUUGCAGUUAGUGUAAAUACAUGUUUUUCUUUUUCCUAACUCAAAUAUUCGACAAGUACAUGUCUGUGUUGAACAAAGAUUCUUGUAGAUCUUCCUACCCUUGUGCUAGUUCAGAGAUGGUCUUCCAGUCAGCAGAGGCUUAGUAUCAAUACCACAAAUCUAUACUAUGUAAGAUUUGAACACACAUUUCUGCCAGACACCAGAGCCCUUGCAGAACUGCACUCCGCAACCAACCGUUAACACCUGAACUUUUGGUGUUUAAAAUAUUUUUCUAGCAGUUCGGAUUGCGCCUAAUGUUUCUCUGCAAUACGCGGGUCAUGGCCUGAUGUUCCUGUGCUGUCAAAGGUAUUUACAAAGAUAUUUUAGAAGUGUGCAAAUGUUGCGGUUGACACUAACUGCUGUCUAAAAGCCUAUUUUUUAAAAGUAUGACUAAGUUUGGUUUCAGAAGUUCAGUUCUGCUCAUAGCGUAAUAGAGCUUAGAUAUGAGUGUACUUCUAAGACUUCUGCAGCAUUCAUUAUGCUGCUUCUAGUUUAAAUCCUACAUAGUAUAACCUUAAAAAGCUUGUAUGUGCUUGUAGUGCAUCCUAACCUCAUCAGAGUGUAAGAAAAGGUUGGAAAGUCUAACUGGAAUUGUGUGUGUGUGUGUGUGUGUGUGUGCGCGCGCAUGCAUGCAUGCACAUGUGUAUGUGAGUUAAAUAGGCUAACAUUUUAUGUACUACUUUUGGCUUUUUGUCUGCGUUCUGUUCUCUUAUUUAUGUUCCUGUAUUUUACGGACAAGUUCUUUUCCUUUAAUGAAAUAAAACGGAUGAAAGCAAA